AUGGCAGGUCCAUCUUUCUCCAUCUUAAGCCGCAAUUUCAUUGAACACUGUGUCUUAGGCACCGACAACUUCCCUCGGACUCUACUCAUGUACCUGUCCAACACACCUGCUUCCCUCUCCAACUACUUCCCAACGAUCCUCUGCAACUCGAAUCUCUUCAAAAAGACCAUCAUCAACAACAACUUACUCUACCUACCUUCUAACGACACUUCUAAAGAAACACCCCACCAUCUUGAUCCCAAAGAGUUCACGGAUAUGGUUGAAUCAGGAGCAGCAUUUGCACGAGUAUCAAGCCACGAUGACCCUAUCCUUGAUCGUAUCGAUCAUGAGCUUCUGGGACGCACACAUGGUGAGGUUGUUCCUGGUGGUUGGUGUUUGGGAGAUGCUGGUGACAACAGGAGCUUGUGUUCUGUCUGGGGAGACUCGGGUAUUCUUAGGCCCGGUUCUGGUUCCGAGAGGCUGGAGAGACGGGUUGUUGAGUUACUGUCAAAUGAUUGGUUCAGAUUGCAUCAAUGCAUAGCAGAAUGA